CUACAGACUCCAGAAUCCAGACUAAGUGGUUCAUAUUUUAUUUCUAUUUGACCCUUUUCAUCAGAAACAAGGGGGGAAAGCAAGAAUGCCACCACAACCCCUCCAACCAUCGACGACAGCGACAACAACAACAACAACAACAACAGCAACAAAUGAAUCAGGCUUGAACGUCAUCGCCCUAAUCUCCGGAGGAAAAGACUCCCUGUACUCCCUCCUCCACUGCAUCCGGAAUGGACACCGGGUCGUAGCAUUGGCGAAUUUGUACCCUGAUGAUGGCAAGAACAGCAACAGCAGCAACGAAAGCAAAGGCAAAAACGAACAUGAAGAUGAAGAUAAAAAUGAAAUAGAAGACAUAGACAGCUUCAUGUACCAAACUAUCGGUCACAAUGUGAUCCCCCUCUACAAGUCCGCUCUGGGGAUCCCAUUAUACCGUGCCUCGAUUCGGGGAGAGGCGGUUGAUAUGGGUCUUGUUUAUGGGGAUGACAACACUACAUCUGGAUCUACAUCAGAAUCCGGACCCAAGUCUACUGCUACAUCUGAACCUGGAUAUGAAUGUGAAGCGCAAGACGAAACAGAAUCCCUAAUCCCCCUCCUAACACACAUCAAAAAGCUACACCCAACAGCAAACGCCAUCUCGGCCGGCGCAAUCCUCUCCACGUACCAACGGACGCGGAUAGAGAACGUCGCCGCGCGCAUGAAUCUCAUCCCGCUGUCCUGGUUGUGGAUGUAUCCGUUUCUCCCUCCGCCGGUGGAGAGAAAGUCACUCGCCGCUGCUACGGAUGUAUCUGUGGACGAAGCGGGGUUACUGGAUGAUAUGGCUUCUGUUGGGUGCGAGGCGAGGAUUAUCAAGGUUGCCUCGGGGGGGUUGGAUGGGGGUUUUCUGUGGGAGGAUGUGUCUUCUUCUUCUUCUGGGGUGAGGAGAAGGUUGGUUAAGGCCAUGAGCAGGUUUGUUGGGUACGGCGACAGCGGUCAGAAUAAUCCUGGUGGUGGGGUGAGGGGUGCUGUGUUAGGUGAAGGGGGUGAGUAUGAGACUCUUGCGCUUGAUGGGCCAGGGUUCCUGUGGAAGGGGAGGAUUGAGAUUCCUGAGGGAGGGAGAGAGGAAGGUGUUGGUGAGGGAGGAGUUGGGUAUUUGAGGUUGAAGGGGGCGAGGUGUGUUGAGAAGACGCCGGGGGAGCGUGAGGAUGGGAAGGGGCCAGAGAUGGUGAGGCGGCCUGGGUUGUUGGAUGGGUGGUUUGAGGAUGUUCUGGGAGGUGUGCAUGUCGAGGAUUACAGGGAUAUUUCUGUUUCUGAAUCAGCUACGGAGAGAGGUGCUACUACAUCUGGAUCGAAGAUCGAGUCUACUCAACUGCAUGGUGCUGGGAUAUGGACAAUAUCGAAUCUCACGGCGCCAGAGGCUGGUCCUGGAACUGAUGAGCAGAUGCAGGCGAUUAUACACAAGGUUAAACGGAUUCUACAAGAGGAAUGUCCUGCUGGAUCUCGAUCGACGGAGGAUAUUGUCUUUGCUACGCUACUGCUUGGCUCGAUGACCGAUUUUGCCCUAGUGAACAGUAUGUACGUGUCGCUAUUCAAGAAACCGAACCCCCCCGCAAGAGCCGCCGUUGGGUGCGGCUCCAGCUUACCCCAGGGCGUGUCCGUUAUGAUUUCGUUCGUCAUCGACCUGGGGCCCCGGAGCCUGCGAGAUGGCCUGCAUGUGCAAUCACGAUCAUACUGGGCCCCGGCCAACAUUGGGCCGUAUUCACAGGCCAUCUCGAUACCGUUUCCAAGAAACAGUAACACCAGACUGGUGUAUAUCGCCGGUCAGAUCCCUCUGGAGCCAGCGUCGAUGGAACUCAUCACCACCGAAUCGGAUCAGCAGUCGUGGUUCGACGGGUACUCAUUACGCGCUGUCCUGGCCCUGCAGCAUUUAUGGAGAGUCGGCACGGCCAUGCAGGUGGAUUGGUGGGCGGGUGCAAUCGCAUACCUGACCGGAGACGAAAACAUGGACACCAAAGCCUUAGUCGCGUGGCAUGUCUGGGAAAAAAUGCACGGGCAGGAAGCGUCCGAUGGCGACAAUGAAGACGAUGAUGAACCGGUAUUGGAUGCAUGGGACAUCAAAUACGGCCGUCGGGCGGAAGAGGCGAUACCAUCGACCAGAAGCAAGCGGCCGAGUCCCCCGAACUUCGACCUCGUGCGUUCCAGCGAUGGGACGUCAGCAGGAACAGGAACAGGCACUCCCCCGUUCCUGGCCGUCCAGGUCGAUCAACUUCCGCGCGCAAGUGACGUCGAAUGGCAAGGUCUGGGGGUCCGAUGCAGCCGGGUGGAAAUAAAGACCGACUCGGACAACAGUCAUACGAUGCACGUUCAAGUGGACGAGGAAAACGGGAACGGCAACAGAGCCGAACGCAUGAUCUUCUCCGGCAUUGAAAUUGACAUGAAACAAGCCGGUCCCAAAUUUGAGGACAGCCUCCACAAGGUCCUUGCGGAAUGUACCAAGACGGCGCAUGUCAUUUCCCAUGCCGUUCUCUACACCACGCAGACGGUGUCAUCCGAGACAUGGCCGGGUCCGAUCAUUCCAUGCCGGCGUGUCUGGGGGCCAGAGGGCCGGAAAUUAGCAGCGGGGAUAUUCUUGCAGAGGACAUAUUGACAUGUCACUAAUCGAAACUUCAUGGUUUUAUGGGCACUCGGGGAAUAGUUAAUUAAGACGCGGGAAAUUUAUUAAGCAUCAACUGACGUUGAACAUACAACAAUAAUUAGUUUAUCAAGGAAAACUAAUGAAAGAAAUAAGGAAUAAUGUCCGUCGUAAAAUAGUCCCGCCGUCCGAUCAACACGGACACCGGGGUGGAGUAGACGCAGCUCUGCUAAAAACUGUUGGGUUUUGAUCUUCCACCGAACGAACUUGAAAAGUGUCGACCUCUAGCCAUGGGAUGGAUAGACGCGCACGAUGUGGUUUGAGUAGGGGUAUGAUAUGUGGAGGGGAAUGAUGAUGAUGAUGAUGUUAGUUGUACUGAGUUGACUGUCUUCGAUACUACAGAGGCAUGACAACAUGAAUCAUGGUUUCUCCUGCGAAGAUGGCUGGAUG